AUGAACAUGCAAAAUGAACAAGAUAAACUUGUACAUGAGGAACAAGGUUUAGGAGAAGUAUUUGUUCCAUCCCAAGUUGUGAAGAAUUUCAAUGAAAUGGUAUCUGACCCAAAUGUUGUAAUUUAUUGAUAAAAUAAUAGCUUCAGUUACCAUCUGAUAGAUCGGCUAAGCGUUCUUCUGAGAAUUAGGGAUAAAACUAGGCCCCUUUAGUAUAUAAUAAUUAAUAUUAGUUAACCGAUAAACAGACUGCUUAACCAUUAAUUCGAAAGAAAGAGCCACCACCAGAUGAAUUGAAAAAAUUAAAUAAGUAAAUGAAUGGAUCUAAUCAUCACAGUCAGGAUGAUGUAUCAAUCAAGAGUUCAGGAGGAGGAAAGUCUCCAGUUUAAUGUAUUUAUUUUGAUAAUUAAUAAUCUCAGAAACAACAUAGAGACGUGUAAAAAGAAUGAAUAGUAAAUUGAAGAGCAGACACCAUGUUCAAAAACAAUAAUCUGAUUUGGCAAAAAAGAUUUUGAAAAUAACUGAGAGCACUCCAUUCUCAAUUAUAAUGGCCAUAGUUACCAUUUAUGCACUCUUUGGAGAUGACAUUCGCAUACUGUCAGUUGAUAAAUAAGGAGAUGAUGUAUUCUUCAUCCUAACAGUGAUUUGUAUGGUUGCUUUCUUAGCUGAGAUAAUUCUUACUAGUAUUUGUAAACCUGAAUAUAUUUUCAAUGUAAAAAAUUUUCAUAAUUUUUAGUUUUAUUUUGUAUUGGAUAUUAUAUCAACAAUAACAAUGAUAUUAGAUUUAGGAUGGAUAACUGAUACAUGGUAUUCAGGUGACCUUUCCAGUGCAGCAUAAAUUAAAUCAAUUGGAACAGCAUCUAGAGCAGCUAGAAAAGCAGCUAGAGUUAUUAGAGUUAUUAGAUUGGUGAGAUUAGUAAAGUUGUAUAAACAUGCUCGAUAGUAGAUGGAGAAGGAAUAAUAGAAAAAGAUGUUAUAGGAAUUACUUCGAUAAGCUUAAUAAAAUAAAAGUUAAGAUUAAUAGGCUCCAUAAUAACCAUAAAUAUAGGCUUAAUCAAAUCAAUAGGUAGUUCCAAUUGUUUCUAAUAUUGAAGAAUAAAGAGUAUCAUAAAAUGAUAUUGAAUCUUCUAGAACUCCAGAUAAAAAUUCAACUGGUUCUAAUUUAAAAACUUCAUAAACAACUUCUCAAGCGGAAGAUCAAAUAAAAGAAUCUGUUGUAGGUGCUUAACUUUCAGAUCUUGUUAUGAGAAGAGUUAUCACUAUUAUUUUAGCAAUUUUAAUAAGUAUUCCAGUUCUUUCAUUGGAUACCUAUUAAGAAAUGAUUAGUAGUUAUGAUUCAGGAAUAUAUAGAAUUUAUCAAUUUAGAAAUAAUGAAUAAGUAAUGAAGUCACUUUUAUAUUAAUAUGCAUAAUUUCAUGUUUCUGAAAUAUUUCCAAUAUAUAGUGUAGAUGUUAAAUUAGAAGGUGAUACAAAUUCAAAAUUACAUGAAUGGAGUUAUGAUACAAAUCCUGAAAUAUUUGAAUAACCUGCUUAUGAAACAAAAAAUCAAUAUAGAUUUUCUGAUCUUUAAUAUUAUGUUAAAGCUGAAGGUUCUGAUUUAUAAACUUAUGCAGCUGCUGAUUUAGUGACUUAUAAUUAGACGAAUGCAAUUUUAUCAAUCUUUUAAACUGUUUUUGUCUGCAUUGUUUUAGCAGUUUCAGCAUUAAUGUUUAGUAAAGAUGUUUCAGAUUUGGUAAUUGAUCCUAUUGAAGCUAUGAUGUAAAAAAUAGAAAUGAUUGCUGCUAAUCCUUUAGAAGCAGUUAAUAUUGAAGAAUAGGAGGAUUUAAUUAUGGAAGAAUUGGAAAAAUAAUAAGAUGUAGAAAAAUUGAAAUAAAAAGAAAUAGAGAAACAUAUGGAAACUUAUGUUUUAUAAAGAUUAAUAAUGAAAGUAGGAGCACUUUUAGCUGUUGGUUUUGGUGAAGCUGGUUCAGAAAUUAUAGCUGAGAAUAUAAAAAAAGGUGGUAGUGUUGAUCCUAUGAUUCCUGGAAAGAAGAUAUUGGCUAUAUUUGGUUUUUGUGAUAUAAGAAAUUUUACAGAUGUAAAAAAAUAAUAAAAUUAUUAUUAUAGGCUACAGAAGUAUUAUAAUAAGGUGUAAUGUUAUUUGUAAAUGAAAUUGCUGAAAUUGUUCAUUCAACUGUUGAUUCCAUGAGUGGAUCUGCUAAUAAAAAUAUAGGAGAUGCAUUUUUAUUGGUUUGGAAAUAUUCUCCUAAUGAUUAUCAUCCAGAUCCUGAUAAUCCUAAGAACUUAAAACUUAAAAGUGAUAGAUACAUUAAAUAGAAAGGAGAUAUGGCAGUAAUAGCAUUUCUAAAAAUAAUUACUGCAAUUUCAAUUUCCAAAAAAUUAGAAAAGUAUAAGAAACAUGAAGGUUUAAAUGCAAGAAUGAAAGAUUAUUCAGUUAAAAUGGGAUUUGGUUUACAUAUGGGAUGGGGAAUAGAAGGAGCUAUAGGGUCUGGCUUUAAAAUUGAUGCUUCUUAUCUUAGUCCUAAUGUUAAUAUGGCAUCUAGAUUGGAAGCAGCUACAAAAUAAUUCGGAUCACUAAUUCUCGUUAGUGGCAUUUUAAAAUAAUAUCUCACUGAAGAAUGCUAAAAGUAAAUGAGAAUGAUAGAUAUUGUUACUGUAAAAGGAAGUAUUGUUCCUUUAGGUAUAUUUCUAUAACUAAAAUAAUAGAAUUACAUACAAUUGAUAUGUCAAUCAAAAAUCUAUAAUCAAAAAUCAAAGGAUUAAGAGACAAAUUUGAUGUAUCAUAGAUGACUUAAAAGGAGUCUAAGAAAUUUAGAGUUGUAAAUAGAUUUAAGAGAGAAGAUUUAAUGAAAAAAGUCUAAAAUAAUUAAGUAUCAGUGACAGAUCUAUUUACAACUGAUGAUGAAUUGGCAGCAGCAAGAGAACCUUAUACAUAAGUAUUAUAUAUAAUUGAUAUUAGGUAUUUUAUGAAACUUGGAAAUAAGGGUUUGAAUAAUACAUAAAAGGAAGUUGGGGGGAUGCCUAAUAAACAUUCCAAAAAACAUUAGUAAUUUGAAUAUUAAUUUUAUAUAGACUAUGAUUCCAGAACAUAAAGAUGGACCUUCAAAUACACUUUUAGAAGUCAUACAUUCAUGUGGUGGUAAAGCACCAAAGGAUUGGAAAGGAUUUAGAGAAUUAACAGAAAAAUGA